CACGAAACGACUGUGACGAGUGGUUGAUUGCUAUUGCGAAAUGGCUAGACUUGCUUUCUUCCUUGCGCUGUUUGUUUACGCGUUUACGACCCUCUGCUCUGCGUCGCCCAUUUUAGGCGCUCGUGAGAAUGCCCUUCUUCCCCGCUGGCCGCUUGCUCCGGAGCCCAAGAACGGCACCAUCGAGCUACACCACAACGCCGACACCUCUUCCUGGUACCUUCUCGUAGCGCUCAAUCCUACGAACUACACAGAUACCUCGGGGAACAAGACGAUCAACGGCACUCACAACCCUUUGUUGACCGUCACCCUCUUCUUCAACGUCUCGAGCAAGGUGAACACGGGGAAUGUUAACGAGACAGAUUACACAGUCUACUCGACGCCGGUUGCGUUCGAGCAUCAUAUCAAUGACAACUUGACGAGUGUAUCGAUCUUCAACGCUGCUCCUCAGUUCUAUCCCGAAGGUCAGGAGAUCUUCUUCGACCUCGCCCUUAAUGGUGUUCCCGUCCCGCAAGUUGCGGGUGGCCCGACCUCAGUCAACGGGACGGGAUUCACUGCGGACCUCAACAAACCGCUCAACAUCACUGGAAUCUUCACGAUCCACUUCUGAGGAAUCCUACGAUGUGGAAGAACAAUGUUCGAGGAGGGAAUGAUAAUUGCACACGCGGGAGGACGCUUUGUUUCGCUUUUAGUGCGCCUGCUCCAUAAUGUCUCUUCGCAAGCUGUAACAAGGACUUUGCGGACUCGUUACUCUUUUCGUACGUUAGAAUGUAAUCACGACUCGAUUCCAAUUCUAGUCUGGUUUACAUGCUUGGAAGAGGAAAUACCGGUGACUCUAAUCGGUUAUACACAGUAAGCGGCGUCGCUAGGAUAUGAUAGAAGUCACUUUUGUUCAAACAUGUAUAAUGUUGUUUAAAGAAUUGUUGGGGUGAUAAAGGC